AUGGUCAUCUCGUGGACUCUAUUUGUCUAUUCAGUAGUUUCGUCGAUCAACCUGUGGCCAACAAAAGAUCAGAUACAACAAGCUCUCCCAUUCGAGACGAGGAAGAAUUAUCCUUAUGUUCGUGUGAUUGUUGAUUGUAUGGAGUUUGAAAUCGAGCAGCCAGCCAACCCCCAAACUCAACAAGACACAUGGUCAACAUAUAAGAACACAAGCACUGCAAAAGGUCACAAAAAACAAAUAUUUAUCUUCUCAUAUUCUUCUCUUUUUCUUACAGGAUUAGUUGGCAUUACGCCAAAUGGUAUUGUUUCUUAUAUCUCACCUUUAUAUGGAGGUGCUACUUCUGACAAAGCCAUUAUCAAUAUGGAUGGAUCUCAGAGUUUGAUCGAGUUAUUAGAAGAUGGCGAUGAUAUAAUGUCUGAUCGCGGCUUUUCUCUUGAUUCCAAAUAUACUCACCUUACACUCAUCCAUCCACCAUUUCUUGAUCGACAGAAACAACUAUCAUCGCAACAAGUUUUACAAACACGUAUUAUUGCGAGGCACCGCAUCCACGUUGAACGUUGCAUGGUAUCCGGAAUACUGUGGCGAUCAAUGCGAUUCAUACAAUCCAGCGGAUACGAUGACAAUCCAGAGGACCCACAAUCCUGGGAUCCACUUUUCCCCCGUGCUAUUAUUUCAUAA